UUAAUUUUGACUAUAAAAUAUUCAUUUAUAUAUACAAGUUUUUACCAAAACAUACGAACAACUAUGGAAUCCGAACAAAUCAAUGGCCAGGAAGAGAACGUUCGAGUUGUGGUUCGAGUUCGUCCAUCAAGUAAAAAGGAAAAAAAAUUAAAUUGUACAAAUAUUGUAAAUGUUGAUACAUUUACACGGUCUUUGACUGUGAAAAAACCUGGCGGUAAUGAACCACCGAAAACCUAUACUUUUGAUUAUGUAUUCGAUGAGACUGCUACCCAAAUGGAAAUUUAUUCGGAAACCACCAGAAAUAUUGUGGAUAGUGUUAUCGAUGGUUAUAAUGGUACGAUUUUAGCAUAUGGGCAAACUGGUACUGGCAAAACAUAUACAAUGUCAGGGGACACAACACCUGAAACGCGUGGAAUUAUACCAAAUACGUUCGCUCAAAUAUUUGGGCAUAUUGCGAAAGCUGAUCCAAUUUUUAAGUUUUUAGUUUGUGUGACAUAUAUUGAAAUUUAUAAUGAGGAGGUUCGAGAUUUAAUUACUAAUACAGUUAGCAGGAAUUUAGAGGUGCGUGAAAAGAAUAAAGUUGGCGUAUUUGUAAACGGUUUAACUGGCUAUAUAUGUAAAAAUGCCGAUGAAAUCGAUAACAUUUUAAAAUUGGGUGCCCAAAAUCGUAUUGUGGGUGCAACAGCCAUGAAUGAAGAAAGUUCACGAUCGCACGCAAUAUUAAACAUAACCGUUGAGUCCAGUAUACGAGAACCAGGUGGAACUACACGAUUUUUGCAAGGCAAAUUAAGUUUAGUCGAUUUAGCUGGAUCCGAACGUCAACAUAAAACUCAUGCAGCUGGAGUUCGAUUGAAGGAGUCAGCUAAAAUUAAUUUAUCGUUGUCUGUACUGGGAAAUGUGAUAUCUGCGCUAGUUGAUGGAAAAUCUACCCAUGUGCCAUAUCGUAAUUCGAAAUUAACGCGAUUAUUGCAAGAUUCGUUAGGGGGUAAUUCAAAAACAGUUAUGAUUGCAACAAUUGGACCAGCUGAUGCGAAUUAUGAGGAAACUAUCAGCACUUUAAGGUAUGCAAAUCGUGCAAAGAAUAUUCAAAAUCAUACAAAACCGAACGAAGAACCGCAUGACACUUUAAUUCGAGCCUUCGAAAAACAAAUUAACGAAUUAAAACGACAAUUAGAAGAAGAAUCGAUUCAUAAUCCAAUCGUCGUGGAAGAAAUUGAAGAAGAAGAAGAGGAAGAAGAUAGCGAUUUUAAACCGCAACGAACAUUGUACACAUUACCGGAAGUAUUGGAAAAUCAACAGUCGCAACUGAACGAUUCCACACGAAGUGAAGAUGCUGAAAAAAGUUUCGAUGAUGUGUCCGAAAAACAAAACAAAACGGUGGAAAAAAAUCCACAUCAUGAUGAAUUGAAUAAGACAAUCAAUGAGCAAGCUCAAAUACAAGAGAAAUUAUCAAAAUUAGAGGAGAAAAUUUUAGUUGGUGGUGAAAAUUUAUUAGAAAAAGCACAAAUUCAAGAACAAUUAUUAGAAGAAUCAGCCAAGGAGCUAGAACUUCGGCGAAAGAAUGAAGAAGAAAUUUUAGAAACAAUCAAAAAUAUUGAGAUGGAACGGAUUGAUAUUGAAGAACGUUACAAUAGUUUAGCCGAAGAAGUUGCUGGUAAAACAAAGAAAUUAAAUAAGGUUGCAGCUUUAUUGGCAAUAACAAAAGCUGAAUACGCUGAUUUACAUCAAGAACAGCAACGUGAAAUGGAGGGUACAUUAGAAAAUAUGCGUAGCGUAACCAAAGAUUUACAAUUAUCUGAUCUCAUCAUUAACGAACACAUUCCUUCAGAAUAUUACAAAAAAGUCGAGUCAUUUGCCCAGUGGAAUGAAGAUAUUGGGGAAUGGCAGUUAAAAUGUGUCGCCUACACUGGUAACCACAUGCGUAAGCAUGAAGAAUGUCGUGAAUCAAGAUUUCGAAAUCUUGGAAAUGAGUUGGCUUAUGAUAUUGAAUUUCCUGUAUACAUGCCUUAUUUAUCGCAUAAACCGCACAAUAAAUUUCAUACUGGUGUUCCACGUCCAAAAACUGCUGUACUAUCACGCGGCCGUAAAGGUACAACAACUGAUUUACGUGCAAAUCAAAAUUAAAUUUAUUGGAUUUUAUUCGGUAAAAAUUUACGCUUCAUAUUUCAUUCCAAAAUCUUAGAUAGAAGUGUCCAUGAAAAAUUUACAGUCACAAAGUCCUCAUAAAAAAAUUCUAUUAAUACCUUUAUCACCUCUCUUCACACACAUGAGGCCCGAUAUUGGUAUCAAUGGACCAAGCUGUGGUUUUAUGGUGCACCGAUUUAAUUAAAGCCACCAUAUUUAUUUUAUUACCUAAAAAAAAACAAAAACAAAUUUCUAGUCGUUUUAUGUGCAAAGUAUUUUUGGUAAUUCCAAUUAGUACAAGAAAUAAAGAUUUAAAACUAAGAAAUUUUAGGGAUUCACUGAAAAAGUAGUUAUGUAAAAGUUGCUGUCACGUAGGGCUCUUGGAAAAUUGAGAAAUGGAAAUUUUAAAAAACGCUUUUCCUUUACACUAGUUAUUUGUUAUUCAUUCAUUAUUUAUCAAUGUUCAAAUACUAUGGCACGCCGUUUUACUUUUUAAAACCCCAAGAUUUUUAUUUUCAAAUUUAAAUUACGAUUUACGGAAUUAAAAUUAUCAAUAUAGAUUACUUUAAUUCUAAGUUUAAAUUAAAAUUAUCACUAGUCUAGCACCUAAGUCCUAGACCAAGGAGUUCUCUGUGCCCUCAUUGAUCAAGCUAUAGGAUUCUGUUGAGCACAGGCGUCACGUAGAAAGCUCACAGCUUCUCCACUUCCCAGGAUUUAUGAGUCAACGGUUUCGGACCCAAGCAUUAUAUACAUGACUCUUCCUGUUUCUAUAAUACGAAUAUUCGUCACAUCACUAAUUGACAUGUUAUUUUACAUACUUUCAACUAUCUAUAAACAAAAAAUAUUGAGCGAGUCCUUUAAAUUUUUGAGUAAAUUUAUUUCUCUAUUGCU